GAUAUUAAAAAAAAAGGCAAGAUACAUGAUAGGAGUUGGGUGGGUGAUUUCCAUCAAGGAGGGCCUAUUCCGAACCUCUAUAAAUACAUGAACUCGAAUUUGUUCAAAACAAAAAUAUCAUCUCUUUUACAUACUUUUCUCUCUUAUCAUCAUUAUGAAGUCUAGCCUUUUCUACACUAUUGUUCUCGCAAGCGUUGCUGCUGUCUGUGCUGCUCCUGCUAGCAUGUCUGAUAUGAACCCUUCAAAUGGUCCUCAAAGCAUACAAGUGGUUGCCAUGGAGCAAGGAGCUUCAACUACUGUUAGACCAAACUCUGUCACUAGUCAGACAUCCAUGGACAAUCAAAGCUCUAUGGCCAACCAAGGAACUUCUGUCAGCACUAGUUCUACACCCAUGGUCAAGACAGCUAGUCAAACAUCCGAUCUUCCUGAUGAAGGUUAUGUUACCUUCCUUAUUACUUCACCUACCAAAUCCGACACUCUCGUCAAGGGCACUACUACUACUAUUCAAUGGAUCAAUGGUGUUGAGGGACCUUUUACUAUCAAUGUCCUUACAGGUAAAUCUGCUGCAUCUAUGCAAAGAACCAGUGUCUCUUUGAAAGCAGAUGGAUCCACCGGAUCUUUGGAUUGGACCGUUGAUAAGCGUCUUCCCGCUGGUACUUAUUCAUUCCAAUUUGUUUAUACCUCCAAUGGUCAAAGACAAGUCACUUACUCUGAUCAAUUCCAAAUUGCCAAUGCUUAAACUAUAUUUGUUUCCCAAUCUAUCUACUAUUUUUUUUUUAAUAAAACAAG